AUGAACCAAGAUUCAAGGUUAGUCAACGCGGUGGAUAGGAACAUUGAAGGUAAAUAACUGUUAGUCUAGUAGUAACAUUGCGUAAAACAAAGUGAACUGUAUUGGAAGCAGGUUAAGACUUUGAGAAGUACAGAUAUUGUCAGCUAAGUUAACGAAUUAAUUUGUGAAGCGAACUAGAGUUGAUGGAGCAUUGAUGAAUUAAAUUAUCUUGUAAAACGUUUGGAGCAAAUUAUAAUAUAAAAGCCAAGGUAACGCAGUAGAAUUAAAUUGUGAAGUGAACUAGGGUUAACGCAGCGUGAAUGAAGUCAAAUAUCUUGUAAAACGUUUAGAGGAAAUUAUUAACAUGGUAGAUGUCAAUAUGUAGAAAUGAAUUGACCGUAGCUAAACAAAGUAAAGAUAAGCAGAGUAUUUAUUUAAGCGGAAAGACAUAAUUUCCAGGUCGAAGUAACACAAACAAGUAGAAGUCGAACUAGGAUUAACGUAGCGUGAAACAAAAUCAAUGUAGGCUAAACGAUAAUCACGAACUCAGUAAAUAAGAAAGUUUCUUUGCAAAAUUAAAAACAGAAUUAUCGUAAAGAACCUAGCGUUAAUGCAGACGUUUCGUUUUAUUUUUUAGUUUUAACCAAUCAAGACAAUGAUGAUUUACUGCCUGCUCAUCACCGCGUAGAACGGAAUGAAGAACCAGUGGAAAUAGAAGCAUUGGGUAGUGACAUUGAAGGUAAAUCAGCUUUUUACAUGUCUAUUGUUAAGGAAAGAGAAAUAAGUCGAUGAGGGCAAUGUAGGCGUGUAACCGAAGCGACAACAACAGAGACGAAUGGUCAAGCAAUAGACACUCAAACCAGGUGUAAUGGAACGUAAAGAUUCCCGCGUAAAUGCAGACCUUUCGUUCAAGAUAACUAAAUAGACACUCGAACCAGGUGCAACGGGGCGUUAAAGAUUCCCGCGUAAAUAAUUUUCUUUUAUAGAGGUUAAGUGAAAUAAAAUAGAAGCUCGAACCGGGUGUAACAGAGCGUAAAUUGUCAAGUAGAACGCAAAAGUACAAUCGUAAACUGUGAAAACAACCAAGCGUUAAUACAGGCCUUUCUUGUGUAUUUUUUAUAGCCUUAUUGAACGAUGAUGAUGAGGCUCUGCUCUCUGCCUUUCGCCGUUUUGAGCAACGUGGGGGUAAUCCACUGUUUCGCGCUGAAUUUACGCCCGUGGGAAGAAAUCGAUCAUUUAGAAGCAUAGUUUCCCAGCGGAAAUUUAAACUCACCUUCCAGCAACUGAGGGAUCCUCAAGAGGAACCACUAGGGGAAGCACUCACGGAAGCCAUCGUUCAGGGUCUGCGAAGGCUGGUAGCCAACGAGGGGUUUAAUGUCAGGGACUAUUCCCUUUUGAUGGCCGUACAUUCAAAUUCAUUCACUCAUGUAUGGUCGCAAUCUGCCCGACAUGUACCUUUAGAAGUAUGGCUUAAUAAUGAAGAUUACGCCCGCGCCUAUCUAGAAGAUUUGGCCAGAAAACUAAACUCGGCGGAAGUCAUGGACCCCCAUAGAGAUGGGUUUUUUGUGGAAUUGACCUUCGUUAAAAACCUGGGUGUUGGUGGAAAAAAUGGGGGCAAACAAGGAAAUCCUGGUCGCCAUGCAUGGGAAAAAUUGGCGAAGAAGAAAAGAUGUGUCAUAAGAAUUAAGAACCAUGACAAACUCUGCUGUGCCCGGGCCAUUGUGACCGUAAAGGAAAAAGUGGACGGGGGCUCCCACUACCAGAAUUUAAAAAACGGAAGACCGAUUCAAGAACGAUGGGCAAGACAAUUGCAUCAAGAAGCGGGUGUUCCCGAAGGCCCCUGUGGGUUUGAAGAAUUACAAAAAUUUCAAGACCAUCUAGGCCCACAGGGGUACCAGUUAAUAGUCGUAGAACCCUCCAAAUGCCUAAUUGUCUUUAAAGAUGCUACAUUUAAUGACGCCCCUCACUUCAUCGCCCUAGUCAAGCAUCAAAACCAUUACGAUGGUUUAACAUCCAUCCCUGCCCUCAUCAAUCGGUCCUAUUAUUGCCGGCAUUGUGAUAAGGCUUAUGAUCGUGAGGACGCCCGCCACCAUAAUUGUCUUGGUCAGAAUUGUCCUGCCUGCUGCCGCGGAAAUAAGACGUGCCCUAAUUAUGCCGCAUGGAUCAAACCCACUCUUAAUUGUCCCCAUUGCCACUGUUUAUUUUAUGGUCAAAAUUGUUUUGAUGCCCACAAGAUGAAAGAAAAGAAGAAAGGGACCAAAAGCUUGUGUGAAAGUUGGCGAAAAUGUGUACACUGUUCCGCCGAGUAUGCUGUCAACCCCAAGAAACCGCAUCAAUGUUUCCACGCCACCUGCCGAAAUUGCGGUGAAUUUGCUCACGUCCACCAUCGUUGCUAUAUCCAGCCUGUCCAACCAAAAGAAGACACCCCUCAAGGAGAUCCUUUAGAAAACCCCGCGGCUUAUGUAAAUGAUGAUGACGAUAAUGAUGAUGAUAACGAGAAACGAGGCCCCCCACCCCCUCCCCUCUUAAAUUUCGCCGAUAUAGAAUGUUUUACGACCGAAGACCGCGUGUUUGUCCCGAACCUCAUUUGUUGGUCCACCCAAGAAGACGACCAGAUUCAUCAUGCCGACACGAUUGAAGAAUUUUUACAUGCCUUAGAAGACCUCACAGAAGUGGAAGGAGAUGAAAGACCACGCAAAGUCAUCACCUUCUUCCAUAACAUGCGAGGCUUUGACGGAAACUUCGUUUUAAAAGCACUGUAUGACCAAGGACGAGCGGUCGAAAAACCUCUAACGCAGGGCGCAAAAAUCCUUUAUUUUGAGUCGGGGAACUUGAUCUUUAAGGACUCGAUGAAUUUCUUUGCCAUGGCACUUGAGAAAUUUCCUGCUACUUUCAAUCUUCGUGAGCUCCACAAAGGUUUUUUUCCUCACGCCUUCAACCGUGAAGAAAAUUUUGAGUAUUCUGGCGAGUACCCCCCAAAAGAAGAUUACCAUCCAGACGAAAUGGAUAGUAAGAAGAGAGACAAGUUUCUGGCGUGGCACGCCCGCAAAGUCGCCGAACAAGCAGUGUUCAACUUUCAAGAGGAGCUAUUGAAGUAUUGCGAAAGCGAUGUCAAACUAUUAAAAGAAGGGUGCUUGAAGUUUGUGACCGAGUUUGAAGAAAUUGCCGGCUUCAAUCCUCUCGUAGAAGCAGUCACGAUUGCCAGCGCCUGCAAUCUCUUCUGGCGACGAGAAAAAUUGGAGGCCGAUCUCAUUGCCUUAGAACCGCAAGGUGGGUGGCGUGGAAACCGCAUCAAUCAAAGUAAAAUCGCUUUGGAAUGGCUCUAUUAUCAAGAUCAUCUUUUGGGAGGGAUGGGGCGUGUCCGCCACGUGCGCAAUGGCGGGGAAGUGCAAGUCGGCACCCCAGGCGAGAUGGUGUACGUGGAUGGCUACGACGAGACCACCCAUACCAUCUUUGAAUUUUACGGCUGUUACUAUCACGGGUGCCCCCGUUGUUUCAAGCGGCAACGCGAUGUCAGAAGAAAUUGCCAUGCAGACCGUACAGUCAAUGAAGUGUAUGAAGCCACCGAAAGAAAAGCGGCCAUGUUGCGUCUGUGUGGUUACCACGUCGUAGAAAAAUGGGAAUGUGAAUUUCAAGAAGAGAAGAAGACUGACCCUGCCUUAAGAGCGUUCCUAGACGACUUGGACAUGGUCCCUCCCUUAGACCCACGAGACGCCUUCUAUGGGGGCAGAACGGGGGCUGUCUCCUUGUACGCCACAGCAGAAGAGGGAGAGAGCAUCAAAUACUGUGAUGUCACGUCCCUUUACCCCUGGGUAAACAAAUACAAAGAAUACCCGGUUCGGUUCCCGCUGAUCUAUACCAAUCCCUCGGACCAAGAGAUCGAUCAUUAUUUUGGCUUGGCACAAGUCGACAUCUUGGCCCCGCAGCAUUUAUUCCAUCCCGUACUCCCCGUCCGGGCUGGUGGUAAACUCACCUUCCCCCUCUGCUCCGCCUGUGUUCGCGAAGAACAGCAAAAGCCCUGGCUGGAAAGAACCAACCUGUGUCCUCAUACAAAUCAAGAACGGAUGCUGAGAGGGACGUGGGCUACCCCAGAAUUGCAAAAAGCGGUGGAGCUCGGUUAUCGUAUCGUUAAAAUUCAUGAGGUGUGGCAUUUCCAAGAAGAGGACAGACGGGUGGGGCUCUUCGCAGAUUAUGUCAACACCUGGCUUAAAAUCAAGCAGGAAUCGGCGGGCUGGCCGGACGAGUGUCACACACCAGAGCAGAAAGACGCGUACCUCCGUGACUAUGAAGAGAAAGAAGGAAUUCGUUUGGAGCAGGUCGCCAAGAACCCGGGGCGGAAACAGGUCGCUAAGAUGAUGCUCAACAGGUGAGUGUUUAGUGUAGAAAAAGUCUGCUGAUAAGAGGUAUAAGUUGCAGACAAAGUCUGCACUUAAGAAGCAAGGUCUGACAUGAAACGACAUGCAACCGUUUUACUAAAAAAUACAAGGAAAUGUAUGGAAAUCAUGCAGAAAAAGUCUGCAAAUAAGGAGCUUAAGUGGCAGACAAAGUCUGCAAGUUAACAACCUCCUUUUAAUCGGUUUGUCUAUUUCUUUUUCUCUCUUUCAGCUUCUGGGGCAAAUUUGGCGAAAGGCAAAACAAACCACAGACACACGUCAUUCAGAGCGCCCAUCAGCUUUACUCCAUCCUGAACGACCCCUCCUUCAACAUCAGUGCCGUCCGGAUCUGCUCCGAAGAAGUCAUGGAGGUGGUGACGACCCGAGCCGACGAAGAGGUGGAACGAAGCUUGAAGACCAAUUUAUUUAUUGCCAUUUUCACAACAGCACAUGCCAGAUUGAAAUUGUACUCCGCGUUAGAAACAUUACAACAGCGAGUGUUGUAUUAUGACACGGAUUCGGUCAUAUAUAAAUGGCGCCCAGGGCAGGUAGAAAUUCCCUUAGGUGUGUUUUUGGGAGAAUUCACGGACGAAGUAGAAGGUGACCCCAUCAUAGAAUUUGCCAGUGGGGGUGCGAAAAACUAUGGGUAUGAAACCAGGGGAGGGAAAGUAGAAUGUAAGGUUAGGGGAUUUUCACUGAAUUACAAGAACAAACAAAUUUUGAAUUUUUAUACUCUCCGUGAUAACAUUUUGAAAGAACUCGAUCAGCCUCAAUCAUCUAGGAGAGAAAUGUCCUUAGUGGAUGAACAUUUUUUUCACAGAGACCAGACCAACAAACGGAUUCGUUUGAUAGAACGUGAAAAGAAAUAUGGUCUGGUCUUUGACAAACGAGUGAUCGAC